GCCGACGCUGAGUUGGGGUUCGGGUGGACUCGGGUCCUGUCGUGGAAGGAGGUGGUGGAGUCUGCUGUGCUUGGCCACAUCCAUGAAGAUGAAUGGCUGGGUUUCGAGCAUGCUCUGCCUAUCCAUCGUCCUCUUUCUGCUGUUAAAGGGUACCUUUACCCGGAAAAGCCAAGAUCUCCAUUGUGGAGCAUGUAGGGCCCUGGUAGAUGAACUGGAAUGGGAAAUUUCUCAGGUAGACCCCAAGAAAACCAUCCAGAUGGGUUCCUUCCGUAUCAAUCCAGAUGGAAGCCAGUCGGUUGUAGAGGUGCCCUAUGCCAGGUCUGAAGCUCACCUGACGGAACUGUUGGAGCGCAUUUGUGAGAACAUGAAAGAAUAUGGAGAGAAGGUGGAUCCUUCCACUCAUCGUAAAAGCUAUAUGAGGGUUCUCUCUCAUGAUGGGACUAAAAUGGACCUUUCUGAGACCAAAUUUGACGGUGAUGUGACAUCAAGCCUGAAAUUUGCGUGUGAGAGUAUAGCCGAAGAGUAUGAAGAUGAGCUCAUAGAGUUCUUCUCCCAUGAGGCAGAAAACGUCAAGGACCGACUAUGCAGCAAACGCACAGAUCUGUGUGACCAUGCCUUGCAUCUCCCACAUGAUGAACUGUAACAUGCAUAGGCUUGACUAGUCGGGUGGAUGAUCUGGGAUGA